CGUCAGUGUUUACAUCAAGAGAACGGAAGUGGUUCAGGCAACAUGGUAGAAAUGUGAUGUUCUGUAGCUGCGGGAAGAAUCAUUUAAAAGUCGUUUUUCAUAAAGUCGCCUUCAUGGAAAAUAAGACAUAAAGCUGACUUAAUGUAUUUCGUAUUUUUCCCUUUGAACAUCUAAGUACUGAAAUCGUUUGCUGAAAUGCCCACGCUUGCGGUAGCUACGCUUCAUCAGGCUCUGAGGAAAAGCUUCGCGACACUUGAAAGCAACCAAAAAGUAUGGAAGAGUGUUUUAGCCGAGUGCAGCCCUCUGAUGGUGUCUCUCGGGAAUUUGGCGGAGCAGUCGAGAGCACUGUCCAACGUGCAGAUCUCCAACACACCGCUCAGAGGUUUUCCUGACCUGGAGGAGAGACUCCGCUUUAAGCUCCUUGAAGCAACGGAUAUAGUGCUGGGAAAACUCAACGAGAAGAUGUCUUCCCUCCAGUCUGCGAGGGAUGCUAUCAGUAACCAGGUUGCUUCAAUCCUUCAUCUGUACGAGCAGAACGCACACAGUUUAGAUCUGCUUGCAGUAACUGAGCGAUCAACCACCACCCCGUCGGUUGCUGACAUGCUCGAGUGGCUUCAGGAUGCUGAGCGUCACUAUCGGCAACAAUUCCUGAGGAGGAAAACUCUGCUUCAAACACUGAGAGCAGAUGACCUCUCUCUUCUGGAAUCUGCUCCCCAAAGGUGGAACUCCUUGGAGUCUCCCAGUGCUGAGGACCACAUCACAGAUACACUUUGCAAAGUGUCUUUCUUUGUGGAGUCGCAGUGAAGAUUGUUAAGGACUUACCUAAUCGUGAAUAUAACUGCAUUUUAAUGAAGACAAUGAGAAGAAAGAGAACCACAAGAAUGACUGAAUCUAACUCCACAUUGACUUGAACUGAUGCACACAAACGUCGCUUGGAGGACAAUGGUGCAGUGAAAGCUCCUGGUUCAAACCUCCUGGUCAGCUGUUGGUUUUUGUGUGGAGCUUGCAUGUUAUUCCUGAGCCUGCAGGGGUUCCAUUGGCUUCUUCUCACAGUCCAAAAACACAAACUUGUAUGUAAAUUGGAUGCCUGGAUGUGAAAGUAUAAAUAGUUCUGUCUUCCCUGAUGAACUUUUAAGCCCAGAUAGGAUCAGCAAUUAAAAAUGGAUGAGUGGACUUAAACUGCUUCUAGAUCUAUUUUGAAGGGAAACCAGGGUGGCCUAAAAACUACAAAUAAGUAUUUACAAAUAAUGGGGCCAAUGUAAAAUAUUGAUUUAUCUUGAAUUCAGUUUGGAUGGAUUGAAAUGUUUAAUCCAGUACGUAUGAGAAUUUUGAGCACAAAUACAUCUAUAUAUUUAUUGCACAACAGAACUGCAUCUUCAAGGCCUCAUUAUUUUUAGAACAUGCUCAGAAGAGUAUAUCAGCAGGUGUCCAAAUAAUAGUUAACCUAGUUCAAAUACAAUAGUGCAAGUAGUACUGCUCAUUCUUACAUGAACUUCUCUUUCACUGUGUAGUUCUCUCACAAGUUUGGUCUUAAAUUUCGUUUUUAAAGGUCUUAUAAACCUAAGAUUAGUGUUAGGGAUGGGUUUUACUUUAGUCAGAGGCUAAAUAGACCUGAGAGGUCAGCAAGGAUUGGUGGCUCGACAAAUCUAAAACUCCACUUGGAAAUAAUGGUUAUCUCUGGUUCCGGGGUCAUGUGACUCUUCUUCAGUACAAAAUAAUCCCUAUGAGUGUGGCCUACUCCAGAGACUUUAACGGAUGAAGAUGAUGUUAAAAUGGUGAUUAAAAAUAAAAUUUAUAAGGAAGAUAAAAAUAAGGUAAAAGCAAUAGUUUUAAAAAUAAGACCAAAAAUUAUUGCUGCUGAAAAUAGUUAAUUGUGAGAUUUACAUGAAUUAUUAAUUAUUGUAUGGCCUAGUGCUCCCUUAAUGCAUUGAGCCAUAACUCACAACUCAUGCUGUUCAUUUCUAAGGUGACGGCUGCACAUCAGAGCUCUGAGACUUUAAAAUGGAUUCAUUUAAAAAUUAAAUGUUAUUGUCCCACAUCCUAAUGAAAUCAUUAUAGUUUUUCAGCAGGUGAAAGUGAAAUUA